CGCGGGGAGCAGGAGUGGGAGGUGGGUGGGUGAGGUGUCGCCUGCAGGCGCCCACUCCCCAUCCACUGAGAGUUGCUGCAGGACCUGAGCAAAUCCGUAUGGCUGCCACUCUCCAGAGAACGAUCCCUGGGCCUUCGUCCAGCUCCGCUCCCGCCCACGCCUCCAGGUGUGCUUUCCCCGCCCUUAAUUACUCUUACUAAAAUUGAUAGUUUGCACUUGCAAAAUAACACUGGGAAAGCGGAAGAGAAAUUUAUAACCAUGGAUCUGGAGGACUAGGGGAGCAGAGAGGCACACUUGCUUUGGUCUGCCGCUCGUCAGUCAGAAAAUCCAGAAGCAGAACACACACCUUUGCAGCAACAGUCUACCCUUCGUUCUGUGCAGCUUUCUAUCUAGGGCUGCGCUGGGAGAAACUGCAACUUCUGGAAAGUUUAGAAACUGAACUACUCCAAAGAGGCCACGCUCCGAGGGAUUUGCAGGCCCCGCGACUUUUCCUAGAGCUUUUCAAGUGGGGCAGAGAAACAGGACAAAAUGAAAACGCACUGGACUCCCGCAAAGCUGUCGCGCCCAGGGGUACACAGCUUCUUCUAGAAUGACUGUAAUCUGAUCAGUGGUUGUGAGAACUGGCUCCUGUGACUGUGUCUGGCACUUUGGUGCUGGGGCCUGAUCACUGCUCAUCAUUAUAGAGCUGUUAUGGCUGCUGCCUCUACUGCAAUCCCCGCCAUUUCCCAGCCCCAGUUCACAGCCAUGAAUGAACCACAGUGCUUCUACAAUGAGUCCAUUGCCUUCUUUUAUAACCGAAGUGGAAAGUAUCUUGCCACAGAAUGGAACACAGUCAGCAAGUUGGUGAUGGGACUUGGAAUCACUGUCUGCAUCUUCAUCAUGUUGGCCAACCUUUUGGUCAUGGUGGCUAUCUACGUCAACCGCCGCUUCCAUUUUCCUAUUUAUUACUUAAUGGCUAACCUGGCUGCUGCAGACUUCUUUGCUGGGUUGGCUUACUUCUACCUAAUGUUCAACACAGGACCCAAUACUCGGAGACUGACUGUUAGCACAUGGCUCCUUCGUCAGGGCCUCAUUGACACCAGCCUGACAGCAUCUGUGGCCAACUUACUGGCUAUUGCAAUUGAGAGGCAUAUUACAGUUUUCCGCAUGCAGCUCCAUACACGGAUGAGCAACCGGCGAGUAGUGGUGGUCAUUGUGGUCAUCUGGACGAUGGCCAUUGUCAUGGGUGCUAUACCCAGUGUGGGCUGGAAUUGUAUCUGCGAUAUUGAGAAUUGUUCCAAUAUGGCACCCCUCUACAGUGACUCUUACUUAGUCUUCUGGGCCAUUUUCAACUUGGUGACCUUUGUGGUAAUGGUGGUUCUUUAUGCUCACAUAUUUGGCUAUGUUCGCCAGAGGACUAUGAGAAUGUCUCGGCAUAGUUCUGGACCCCGGCGGAAUCGGGAUACCAUGAUGAGUCUUCUGAAGACUGUGGUCAUUGUGCUUGGUGCCUUUAUCAUCUGUUGGACCCCAGGAUUGGUCUUGUUGCUGCUGGACGUGUGUUGCCCACAGUGUGACGUUCUGGCCUAUGAGAAAUUUUUCCUCCUCCUUGCGGAGUUCAAUUCUGCCAUGAACCCCAUCAUCUACUCCUACCGAGACAAGGAGAUGAGCGCCACCUUCAGGCAGAUCCUGUGCUGCCAGCGCAGCGAGAACACCAACGGCCCCACGGAAGGCUCUGACCGCUCGGCUUCCUCCCUCAACCACACCAUCUUGGCUGGAGUUCACAGCAAUGACCACUCUGUGGUUUAGAAAGGAAACUAAGAUGAGAAGCCAGCUGUCUUCUAUAGAGCGAUGAACAGCCGCUCCCCACCCAGUUUCUAGGGCAAGGUGGGGAGCAAGAGAGGAAAGAAAGACACUUGUGUACUUAAACACUAACCAAUGGCAGUAUUUGUUCCUAGACCCCGUGAGACUUGAUAUAUAGAAAAAUUAGCUUAUGUGACAACCCUCAUCCUGAUCCCCAUUCCUUUUGAAAAUAGAAAGUGGAGUUCUUAUGAUGGAAUUCAGGAAUAGACUCUGGAGUGUCUAUUUAAACUACACUAACUAGACUUUAAAAAAUUUUGUGUGGUUUGGUGCAAGUCAGAAUAAAGUCUGACUAAUUGAGUCCACAACUUCAUUUACGUACAGGCUUCCCUUUUAUUUCUGAAGGAUACAUUUCAUUUAAUAAACAUGUUUAUGCCUACCAGUAUGUUGUGAUGGAUAAGGCUAUAGACUUAAACUACCAUAAUUUCAAUUUUUUCCUUAUGUAAGAAAACUGUAAAUUAGAAUUAUUUUUUUAGAAAGCAUGCAGGCAAUAUAUGUAUGUGGUAUGCUUCACUUACGAAGAUAAAAAGAUACUAAUUUUACACCUUCUAGAAAAUAGAAGAAACUAGUUGUCAAAACCAGUAUCUAUUUAGGCUCUGAAAGAAACAAUGCUGUACUCACAAUAUUACAUUUUUAUUAAAGUGUUGUAACAAGUAUAAAACAAAAACUGUAAGUUUAUUGCCAAAAGAAUAUGUACCCUAAAAAGUCAUAGAAAAUGAAGCACAGUAAUACUUUUCCUGCACAUUUAAAAUACCUGAGUACAUUAAUAUUGCCAGUACAUCAGAGGAAGUUUUUAAUAGCCUGUGUUUUUCCAAGUUAUAAAAUAAUACAUACUGUAGAAAACUUGAAAAUAACAGAAAUGUGUAAACAAGAAAAAAUGAUUGCCAAUAAUAUCACAACCUAGAAGUAACCAUCUUUAACAGCUCCCUGCAUGUAUAACUGUAUGUAUAUUAUAUAUGUUUUUACAUAAUUGGGAUUAAACUGUAAACAGUUUUAUAGCUAGUUUUUUUUUCAUUUCAUAAUUGCCAGAUUUUUCUAUGGCAUUAAAUUUUUUACAAAAUGAUAAUUUUAGUGGCUAUAUAAUAUUCCAUUUAACAGAUGCAACUCAGUUCAUUUAACCAUUCCCAUAUCACUGAUUAUUUAGGUUAUUUCUAAUUUUCAAUAUUUCAGAAAUUUUGUGUACAUAAAACUUUGUCCACAUAAUUGAUUAUUUACUUAGGAACCUAUUCCCAUGAAGGAUUUUUUUUUAAAUGUGAAAUGUCUUCUUAGUCUUUUACCUUUUAUGAAAAGAUUUCCUGCUAUUGCACUGUGUAAGUGGCACUUGUAAGGAAAGGCAGUUAAAUUACCUUUGUACAAAAGAAAUGCAAUGGUUACUUUAGUUGAGAGUGACUUUUUAAUAUAAUAAAAUGAAUUAGAAACAGUCAAUUGUCAUAAUAAGUAAGACACCCUAAUAUAUCUAGCAAUUCCAAUUUUUUUUUAGGUUAUCCAGCUCUAGGUAGCCACAGCUGUAAUGUAGAAGAAAUUUUUGAAGGAAAUGCAAAGAAAUCAAACAUGUCAAGUGAAUAAGGAUUGAUGUAUUAAAUGGCUUGGAGCCUUUCUGUAGCAAAGUGUCAGUAUGUGACUGGCUGAAGUUUGUUCUUUAGGAAUUACCCCUCAUGGAUUCCUGCCAUAUUAGGUGAAAAGUGCUCAAUACAUUGUCCAAGAAAAUAGUGAUUGAAUCAGUUUCUUGGAACAUGCAAUGAAGAAGUAACAGAGUCUUGAAGUAGGUUUGGGGAGGUCAGGAGAAUGUCUAAGAGAAAGAAGACUUGAGGAACAAUGACUGUCUAGGAAGGAGAAAGCCAGUUUGUGGUUAGUGUUGGAAGAGAGGGUAGACUUGUAAAAGGGCCAUGAUGAAAAGAAUGUAGGGAAUCAGUUAGUAGAAAGGCAUUUGCACACACUUUAUACAAAAUGCAGAACAUUUUAUACUGGAUGCUAAAGAAAAGAUGGUGGACUUUUAUUGAUGUGCCUAUUUUUAUAGAGGAGAUGUGAACUAUUGGAAAUUAAAAGCUAACUAAUUGGACCUUAAUAAAUAAUUCUCAAUCAGUGUUGGUAA